AUGCCUAGGCUGGGAUACAAAAAGUCCCGCAAGGGAUGCCUAAGAUGCAAGCAGAGACGCGUCAAGCAAGAUCGUCUUCUAGAUCUCGGGAUUCUGACAAGAAUGGCAGUCAGACAGACCUACGCAGAGACUGGGUUUCUCCAUCCAUGAGCCCUGACCCUUUUCCUUACUUUGCAAAGUUUGUCACGGGCCAGGAGCCAGUGGAGAAGAGUACAUGGCUCACUGAUCUUGAGCUGAUGCAUCACUACACAUUUUCGACCUAUUUGACACUGCCGAGGGCGAAUGAACUGCAGCAAGUGUGGCAGGUCGAGGUUCCAAAGUUGGCUCUCGCUCAUGUCUUUCUCCUCCAUCAGGUUCUCUCAGUCUCGGCACAUCACCUUGCUUAUCUUCAUCCUGAUCGACCGACUCUCUCGAUAUGCGCCUCUCAGCAUCAGAACAAGGCCGUGGUAGGCCUCCGAACGGCAGUCCCAACCAUCAGUGAGGAGAAUUGUCCGGAAAUCUUUGUUGCUUCUUCGUUGCUGUACAUCUGCGCCUUUGCAAGCUUCAGUGCACCAAGCCGAGAUGAACAGCCACGAAUCGACGAUCUUGUCGACGUUUUUCUCCUGGUUCGAGGCAUGAGCGAUAUUCUCAACUCUUACAACGACGCUCUGAGAGCCAGCAAGCUUGGUAUUCUCUUUAUGAGAGGCGACGCGAGUGAACCAUCACCAGUUCUAUCAGCAAUGGUUGAGAAACUCCGCCAACUCGAGAUACCCAACGCAUUUGAUCCGGAAACGACCAAUCUAUGCCGCGAAUCAAUCCUAUCAGCAGUCAAUUGGAUUGAAAACUGCGUCACAACAACCCGAAUGCCGGAUCUUCGAGUCGCCAUGAGUUGGUCCCUGUCUUUGGAACCAGAAUUCAUGGACCUUGUACGACGAAAUCAUCCGAUUGCUCUUUGCGUCAUUGGGCAUUACUGCGUCAUUUUACACCACACUGGGCGGGAUCACUGGUUUUUGAGGGGUUGGGGGAAGCCGAUUCUCUCCGACAUCAUGGAAAAAAUCGAUCCGGAGUGGAAGUGUCUGCUUGAAUGGCCAUUGGCGGCGAUUGAAGCUGAUCUGGGGCAAAUGGCAUGA